AUGAAGACAUCUCGAGUAAUACCUGUGCAUGAAAUUGAGCGGGAACGCAAUUCUAUAGUCCCUAAAAUUUUGUUGGAACCUAUACACACUUUACCUUAUGUACUUGUUUAUUGUUUUUCAAUUGCUUUAGAUUCCGCUGCGGCGGAAGUGGAGAGACGAGGCUACGUGAAAGUGAUGGACUCGUACGGUUUAAUGGGUGUGCUGCGAAUCACCAGAGAUGAGCACGUUCUCGUUGCCGUCACUGGAGUGCUAUCCGUCGGCCAACUCUACGGGGCCGAUAUCGUCAAAAUUAUCGGUUGCGAACUGAUUUCACUCCGAACUAUUGGAGCCGUUGAAUGCCUGGAUCCUCGUAUCAUUGAUGAAUCAAACCUAGAAUCUGAAUAUGACGGCGAUUCUGACCAGCAAUCAAAUGCGUGGCUCCUUUUGAGAAAAUUAGGCCCUGAGCGCUUUUUACGUAGAAACAUUGAUGAAGCGGAUACGAUAGCAACAGUGGUUGAUCUCAGCCACAAAGAGCGAAAAGCUGAUGUAAAGGGAAUGAAAAGUGCCGAGGAAGGUUAG